AAAAAACACAUUAUAAAAAUAGAUUAGAAAACUAUGAAAAAAAGCUUAAAAAUAAAUGUUACCAUUCCGAAGUGUCCUAAAAAGUAAAAACCCGGCCCAUCCUGGGUGACCGGACUCCAUUUUCUGACCCUGCCGGCACUUUGGGGUGGGUAAGUGAUCGGUUUUUGUCCUCCUCUUGAAUCGAGUAGGAUUAUCGUGGCUUAUACGGAGUACUCCGAAAUAAUUAUCACAUCUCUUUUCUGUCUGAUGAAUGCCGUGUAAGGACUAGGGAUCAGCCAUGGAACAGCCAAAGGCAAAAAAGAGGCAGCUUGACGUCGCGCACCUGCAGAGCACUCCUUACUUCAAGAUGCGAGCCAUAGUUAAAGAACUUCGACCCCAUAUCAUUCAGGUUCUGCGUACUCCUGACUUCCGCAAUUGCAAGGCAGCUACUGAAAUUCGUCAAGAGCUGAAUGUUCUGAUGGAUCUGUGCAAAGAGAUGGCAGCACAAAGGGCAACAGCACCAACUCAAUCUAAGAAUGGAGCUGAGGGGCUGAAGCCCAGCAGCGUUACAAACCAGAAUAUGAAAUCUGCAGAGAAGCCUCCGGCUCCCUCAGAGAGGCCCGCAUCAUUAAUGAAGCCUUGUGAUGAUAAGGGGGUGACCUCCUCAGGAAGUCUAUCCCUAAAACCACGCACGGUUGAUGCCAUUGCCAAUGGGACAUAUAUAGUUGGCGGGUCCGCAUUUGGCUGGAAUUUCAUAGUCUAUCCCGGAGAUGCAAUGGUGUACUAUGGCAGAACAAAAGAGUCAUUCAGGUCUUCAAACCCUAAAUCUCAAUGAACGAUUCUUUGUCAUCACCAUGAUGAAGGAUGAUGUGAGCGAAAAAUUAGGUAUUGUUAAUAGACCUCUAUUUAUGAAACUGGUUAUGACAUAUGUUUUCGUUAUUGAUUUCUACGGUUUAAUUUUGCACUGAUCUACUUUUUGGAAGGAUACUAGUACCUUACCCGUGCAUCCGCACGGGUUGUAACUGUUUUGUAUGUCAAUUAUAAUUGAUUGUAAAUUAGUUUCUUUACAUAUAAAACAAAGUCUUUCAAUGUUUAAAACAAAAGAUAUGGCAUGAUCACAC